AGACCCCGCUCUCUGCAGACCCGUCCCCUGAGGGCCCUCCGCGGAAAGGCUUUGGGGUGUGGUGACGAUCCCGUCUACUCCCCCGCUGGCACGGACCAAGGCGUGGGGUCCGCAGGGCACGGCCCCUCCCGGCAGUGCUCAGCGGCCGCCCUAGACCCGGGCGCUGGCCCUUGUGCCCUCCGGACCCGAGUCCGGGGCCCGCACGGCCACUGCGCCGCCGCGGCUCGGCCUCUCAGACCCCUGAGAUCCGGUCGGGCCUCUGAGGCGGGGACCGCGCACUCCGCGUCUGUCACCCCCGUUCCACAGAUGGGGGUACUGAGGAUCGGGGGUGCGAGUAAGCCGGCCACCUACAGGCCCGGUAAGGCGGCGGGAACGGCUCGGCCCAGCCCGGCAGGCCGGGACGGCGCGCCCUCGGUGGCCCUCGAGAGCCGCGGCCCUGGGUAGCCGCGGGCGGCUCCCGCCGGGCGCAGGCUUUCUGGCCCCCUCCGGCCGCCGUCCCAGGCCGUUUCCGCCGCCCGCGCGGGGCACUCUGGGACUUGUAGUCCCAGGGCUCACGCCGUCCUCAGCUCGUCCGCGGCUCGGUGGCCAUUGGCUGGCGCGAGGCGUCGGGGCCGACGGGGCGGAAGGGGGGCGGCCUCGAGGCCCUCGCCGGCGCGAGAGAGGCCGUCACGUGAUGUUUGGGUGCCGGCUCCGCCCCCCGUACCGCCCCUCCCUCCGAGAAAGCACGGAACGCGCCCGGGAGCCACCGAAGCCCAGCUCUGCAGGAAGGCGGCGGCCCUGCCUUCUGUGAGAAGAUGUCCUACGGAUCCAUCGCUGGCAGCGGCGGCCUGGGGAGCCACGGCCCUUUUGGGGGGCCCUCCACACAAGGCUAUCAGCCCCUAGAGUGCGCUAAAUGUUGGACUGAGUACGGAAUCCGUCAUUUCCCCUGCCCGUCGCCAGAGAGCAGCCUGCAGGACCCCUGUGUGGGCAAGGACGGGGAAGGUGAUCUGGGGCCGGCCGGUACACCCAGAGGCCCAAGGGCCAGGAAGCGAGGGCCAGGGGUCGCCACGGACGGCAGCGGGACACCGGAGCGCACCUCGCCGCCUGCCGGCCCGAGGAAGGACUUGGCUGCAAGGGCCCAUGGCCGGGUGGCGGGGCCCAGGGCCUCCCGGGCCAAGAAGAGGAAGCCCAACUUCUGUCCGCAGGAGACGGAGGUGCUGGUGGCCAAGGUCAGCAAGCACCACCAGCUGCUGUUUGGCACCGGGCUGCUGAGGGCCGAGCCCACCCGGAGGUACCGCAUGUGGAGCCGCAUCCUGCAGGCCGUGAACGCGCUGGGCUACUGCCGCCGCGACAUCGUGGACCUCAAGCACAAGUGGCGGGACCUGCGUGCCGUCGUGCGGCGCAAGCUGGGCGACCUGCGUGGAGUGGCCCCUGGCCCCGGCCCUGCCAAGCCCCAGGCCCUGGCCCUCACGCCUGUGGAGCAGGUCGUGGCCAAGACCUUCUCCUGCCAGGCUCUGCCCUCUGAGGGCCUCAGCCCCGAGCUGCCCAGAGCCACCGAGAUGGACCUGAGUGACCUCCAGGAGCUGUUCCAGGAGACGUCGGCCAGCGUCUUCCGAAUCAACUCCAAUGUGGCCUUCUUGGAGCAGAGCCUCCGGUCCCUGGGGACGCCAAGUGGCACGCAGGAGCUGCGGGACAGCCUGCACACGGUGCAGCAGCAGACCAACCACGCGAUCGCAGCCAGCACCAGUGCCCUGAAGCAGAUGGCUGAGCUCCUGCGGGGCUGCUCCCGGCAGGAGCGUCUUCAGCUGGACCGUCUGAAAACUCAGCUUUCAGACGCCAUCCAGAGCUAUGGAGUGGUGCAAAAGAGAAUUGCAGAAAAGUCCAGAGCACUGCUUCCCACAGCACAGAGGGUUGGCAAGCAGCAGAGUCCCCAGGCCCCAUUUGCCGAGCUGUCCGAGGAUGAGAAGAUCUUUAACGGGGGUGACGGCGUGUGGCAGGCCCAGGGGCAGGCGCUGCUUCCAGAGAUCACCGAGGAGGACCUGGAGGCCAUCCGGCUGCGUGAGGAGGCCAUCCUGCAGAUCGAGAGUGACCUGUUGGAUGUGAACCAGAUCAUCAAGGACUUGGCCUCCAUGGUGUCAGAGCAAGGAGAGGCCAUCGGGUCCAGCAGCGGCAAGGCCGUGUGCCGGCGCAGCUCCAGCCCCGAGCCGGCCGUGGUGGCCCUGCUGCCCGGGCCGGGCUGUGCGCCCCUGCGGCCGGGCUCCCACUCACGCACCAAGACGCGGAAGCCCAACUUCAGCCCGCAGGAGACCGAGGUGCUGGUGCAGAGGGUGACGCGCCACUACCCGCUGCUGUUCGGGGCUCUGCGGGGCCCACCCGCCCGGAAGCACCGCGUGUGGAGCCGCAUCCUGCAGGCGGUGAACGCGCUGGGCUACUGCCGCCGCGACCUGGGCGACGUCAAGCACAAGUGGCGGGACCUGCGAGGGGUGGUGCGCAGGAAGCUGGCCGAGCGCCCCCGGGCCCCCGGCCCCGUCCUCACGCCCGUCGAGCGCAUGGUGGCUGAGACCUUCACGGCCCCCGGCCCCGCCGGCGAGGGCCAGCCCGCCGAGGCCCUGCCGAAUAGUAUUGAAGCCGGCCUUGAGGCUGCGUCCUCGCACGCAGAGGCGGCCAGUGAGCUCCUGGCCGGAGCCAGCCGGCACCAACCGACGAGGACGAGGCCCCCAGCUGCCUGUGGCUGCCCCUGCGGACGCUGGAUGGGCCGAGCCUGCCUGAAGCCGACCCCCUGGACCCCCGAGGAGCCCUCCCUGCGUCCCCCUCCCCGCCCGCCUCCCCGGCCUCGGCACCCCCCGCGGCCACAUUCCCCGGGGCCUCCCGGCCCUCGCCGCCCUCCUCGGCAGCACCCCAGCCCCCCGGGAAGCCCACAGGGCCUGAGGCCUCGGACGUGGAACGGCGGCUGCUGGACUCGCAGCGGCAGCAGGGCGCCCUGCUCAGCUCCUGGUCCCAGCAGCAGAGUGCGCUGAUGGCCCAGCAGAACCUGCUGCUGCAGCGGCUGGCCGAGCAGAGCCAGCGGCUGGCCGACGGCGUCGAGGCCCUCAACCGGACCCUGGAGAGGCUGGUGGAGGCCCUCCCGCCCCGGGGCGCCUCGCCCGCAGUCCCAGCUGGCUGCCCUGGGGGCGGAGCAGCCUGCAGGCCAGCUGGAGGCUCCCAGGGCAGCCCCCAGGGCAGCCACACAGGCCAGGAGGUCUUCUCAGGGAUGAUCCUGAAGGUGGAGGAGGAGAUCUAGGGUCUGGACCCCGUGGGCCGCGUGCAGAGCAGGGACUCCGGUCCUGCCCCUCUGAGGGGCAGAGAUGGGGCCUCGAUAGAGCCAGAGAGGAUGCGGGACUUGGCCUGUGGUUGCCCCUUCCGUCCUGCCAUUGUCCGUGGGCCUGUGACGCGAACGGAGGGCUGGGUUGAGGUCUACUCGGGUGACGCUGGUGGGUGGACCGAGCUCCCUCCGCUCCCAUCCCGUGCUCCGACCGUCGGGGCGAGUGCUGUGGAGUGCAGAACGGGGCGCCUCUCGGCGGGCAGUGGGUGAGCGGAGCUGCGGGAAGAAGCACGCAGAGCGCAGCUCCCCCAAACCACUGCCUCGGGUGUGGGCCCUGGAGUGUGGCAAUGCUGGGCACCCAGAAAGCCCCCGGCGUGUGCCCUGGAGUGACUCCUGGAAGCCCGCCUGCUCCGUGGGCGUACGGACUGAGGGGGCUGGACCCCUGCAUCCUCUCGAUUCUGCCCCGAGGGAACCACGCCCUGUGGGCCUGCGGUUAUUUCUCUCAAUUUUAUGCCUGCGGUGUGGGGUGUAUAUACGUAUGUGCACAUAUGUUCGUUGGUACUGGAUGGGGUGGGAUGCCAUUUUAUACCUGUCGACUUUUCUUGGAAAAAGAUAUUUUUCUCAUAUAAGCAUAAAAUAACAACAAAAAA